CUUAUUUUCAGUGCCUUUCCCUUGUUCUGCUUGCCGGCUUUUCCCCUCCCUCCGCUUUCGCAGAUUGGAGAGAGACGAUAUACGUGUGCAAAGGGCUAAGCCUAUGUGAGAUGUCCAUACUGGAUAUUUACGGGUGCCUUCAUUCUUAAAUUAAGCUCUGAUCAUCCUAUAAUUCACUUGUCAAAGAAUAAUGGCUGGUUUAGAUCACUGCCAUUCAUUCUACGCAUUCUCAAUUACACGCAUCAUAGUUUGAUUUGGUUUUCUUAUGUCCGUGAGAGUUUCUAGUGGACAAUUGUAAUUGAUAUUCGCAUGAGGAUCGUUCGGAAAGACCUCGUAGCCGAUGGACCCGGGAGCGUUAAGAUGGUACCGAUUGAUUCGGAUGACUUAUGGUUUGCGUAUAACUUGAUCGCUCCCGGAGACUCUGUCAUGGCUGUUACUGUGAGGAAGGUUCUUAGAGAAAUGGCUUCUGGUGGACGAGAAGCAGAACGUAUGAAGCUGAAAUUGGAAAUUAAAGUUGAGGAGGUGGCAGAUUAUGACAAAGAAGGGUCAGUCUUGCGUGUACGUGGAAAAAACAUUAUGGAGAACGAACAUGUUAAGAUUGGGGCAUUCCAUACUUUAGAACUUGAGAUGCAACGGCCAUUUGUGCUCAGGAAGGAUGUUUGGGAUUCUUUGGCUUUGGAGAUGCUGCAACAGGCCUCAGAUCCUAGUGCAAGUGCUGAUCUAGCUGUGAUUUUGAUGCAAGAAGGACUGGCGCAUAUCCUCCUUGUUGGUAGAAGUAUGACUGUUACUCGGUCACGGAUUGAAACUUCAAUUCCUCGCAAGCAUGGACCUGCUAUUGCUGGUUAUGAGGCAGCUUUGAAUAAGUUUUUUGAUAAUGUUUUGCAUGCUUUCUUGAAACAUGUUGAUUUCAAUGUGGUUCGAUGUGCUGUAAUUGCAAGUCCUGGAUUCACAAAGGAUCAAUUUCAUCGUCACUUAUUAUUAGAAGCAGAAAGAAAACAGUUGCGACCUAUUAUCGAGAACAAGUCACGUAUCCUUCUUGUGCAUACAAGCUCAGGAUACAAGCAUAGCUUGAGAGAGGUUUUGGAUGCGCCAAAUGUCAUGAAUAUGAUAAAAGAUACGAAAGCAGCUCUAGAGGUUCGAAUUUUGAAGGAUUUCUACAACAUGCUUUCAAAUGUCAGACAUCUAGGAAAUGCAAAUCGAAGAUUUUUUGGGUUUGACCAGGAUCCAUCCCGUGCUUGUUAUGGAUUAAAGCAUGUUGAGGUUGCCAUUGAACGUCUAGCUGUGCAAUCACUUCUCAUUACAGAUGAUCUUUUCAGGAAUCCGGAUAUAACAAGGAGGCAGAAGUAUGUCAGCCUAGUCAACUCAGCUAAGGAUUCAGGAGGAUCUGUCCAUGUAUUCUCGUCCAUGCACGUAUCUGGGGAACAGCUAGCACAGAUAAGUGGCAUUGCAGCAAUUCUUCGUUUUCCUCUCCCGGAUCUUGAAGACAUUGAGAUGUGAUGUGCUCGUAUUUGCUUUUGCUGAUUUAUAUGCUAUUCUUAAACUUACAUGCGGCUAAUGCUGUAACGUUGUUUCUGCUUAGCUUGGUUGUUUCAGUGCCAGACUUGGACCAGCGACUUUUAUUUCAUUGCCAGGCAAUACAAGUUACAGUCCGACUGUGCUAUCACUAA